AUGCUAGUCAUAAGUAAAUCUUAUUCGUUUUCUCGAACUCUCUCCUUUUCUUUACAUAUUUCUUUCUUUCUCGGUAUGUUCAAAACUAUCUUAGUCACUUCUUUAUCUAUCUAUCUAUCUAUCUAUCUAUCUAUCUAUCUUAGUCUGUUUCUAUCUAUCUAUCUAUCUAUCUAUCUAUCUAUCUAUCUAUCUAUCGUAUUCUUGACGGUAGUAUCUAUCUAUCUAUCUAUCUAUCUAUCUAUCUAUCUAUCUAUCUAUCUAUCUAUCUAUCUCAGACAGUUCUAUCUAUCUAUCUAUCUAUCUAUCUAUCUAUCUAUCUAUCUAUCUAUUUCAGACCGUUCUAUCUAUCUAUCUAUCUAUCUAUCUAUCUAUCUAUCUAUCUAUCUAUCUAUCUAUCUCAGACCGUUCUAUCUAUCUAUCUAUCUAUCUAUCUAUCUAUCUAUCUAUCUAUCUAUCUAUCUAUCUAUCUAUCUAUCUAGUACAGUCUGUUCGUAUCUAUUUAUUUAUUUUACUAGAUCAUCUUGCUCGCUGACAUUUCUGUUGUCAUUACAACUUUUCGUUUCAUUAUCCAUAUAUCUAUUACUGUCGUUUCAUUAUCUAUCUAUCUAUCUAUCUAUCUAUCUAUCUAUCUAUCUAUCUAUCUAUCUAUCUAUCUAUCUAUCUAUUUCAUCUGUCAUUAUCUAUUUCAGCAAAAGGGAAGCGAACAGCAACAACAAAUCGCCCUACCAUCGCAAACGCCACACAAAUGAAGAUGGAGUCGAGAAGGAAAUUAUUGGAGAAGAGACAAGGGGACUGGAGGCCAUUUUAGCAUCACUUCCACUGUGCGUCAGCAACGUUUGGUGCGCAAUCUCUCUUUCUCUCUCUCUUUCUCUCUUUCAUUCUCUCGAACUUUCCACAACUCUCUCUCUCUCUCUCUCUUUCUCAAAAUCUGCUUAUCUCAGUCGAUUAUACUACAUCUCUCCUCCACUUCCUUGUCUCCCUUUUUCACUCUCCGUUAUUCUUCCUUCCUUUUUUAUUUUAUCAUUUAUUCCUUGUUAA